AUGCGUGAAACCAGGGCGCUGUUCGUUCUGCGAUUUGCUAACAUAGCCCCCCCUCCUUGUGUACUCAUUGUUGAUAUCUUCGGCUCCGAAUGUUUGUCCUGGCAGAAGAGCUCCGCAUGCUUAAGUAUAUUUACGGUCGCUUCCAACGCUUGGUUUUUCUCCUUGCUUUGUACUCUCCCAUCCUGGAUCGACAAGUGCAAGGCCAGUUCGUGGAUCAGCAAGAACCCUUCCAAAUCCCAGGUUGCAGUCCAGUUCGUCCCCAAAGACGUGGUGGAUCCCAUGCUGAACCGCAACACCAGGCUAUCAAGAGUACAUCGGCCUGGCGAUGGGGAUGCGAAAAAGCGACGGAUACUGCUGAACACGUGGGAACAACUCCAGCACAGAGGCCUUCGAUCACUGAGAGAUGAGAAUUUAUUGGGCGGGAUGCUAAAAGUUCCCGUGUAUGCCAUUGGACCCUUGGUGAGGCCAUCAGAACCACCGACAAGUUCAACCAUGGAGUUGCUGGGGUGGCUGGACCAGCAACCCAGUGAAUCAGUGGUUUUACGUGUCGUUUGGCAGCGGUGGAACGCUGUCGUACGAGCAGACCGCAGAGGUGGCUUGGGGUAUGGAGUUAAGCCAACUGAGAUUCAUCUGGAAGGGUUCGCGGGUAGGACCCACAAAGUGGGGAAAUUAGUUGCCCACUGGGCAGCCCAAGUGAGCAUUUUGAGGCAUCCAUCGGUGGGGGAUUUUUGUCGCAUUGUGGUGGAGCUCCGCUCUGGAGAGCAUCACGAACGGCGUGCCGAUGAUCUGCUGGCCGUUAUAUACGCGGAGCAGAGGAUGAAUGCGACGCUGCUGGCGGAGGAAUUGGGGGUCGGGGUGAGGCCGAAGGUGUUGCCGGCGGAGAAGGUUGUGGGAAGGGAGGAGUGGCGAGGAUGUUUGAGAGACAUCAUGGAGGUGAGACCCAACCCCGUAAGGGACAGAGCCAGAGAAUUGAAGGAGAGUGCAGCCAUGGCUGUGAAGAGAGGCGGCUCGUCCUACACAACGCCCUUGACCUCAUCGCUAAACAAUGCAGGGCAACCUGACAUCAUCUCCCGCCAAUCAAUUUGGGCUUUUAUUUAA